UGGUAAUUGAAACGGCGAUUGGUUAGAUUCUUUAUGAAAAAUAUUAAAAUGGCGCUGCUUACAUCGACCGAAAAAUUUAAUUAAGAACGAAAUUAUGAACACAGAUUUCAAACGUGUCUAAUCGAUCGUUUAUCAAAUAUAACGUAUUGAUUUUAAUGUGACCAAAUGAGUAAUUAUUUUAGUGCAUUAUAUUGAAAGGAUUACAUUAACGUAGUGUUACGCCCUUCCUCGUAUAAGGGCACAAUCAUAUUUCUACAAUUUGAUUGGUCACUAUCCCACUCGAAAAAAAGAUGGAUAUGGAGAAGGUGGAUGCAUGACGUAAACAUCAUCUUUAGGUAUAUAGCGUUACAGGAAUGUCGCUGGAUCAUAUGUUCUGUUCUCGAUGCCGAGAGGGCUUUGUGGCACACGAAAAGAUAGUUAAUUCUCAUGGUGAAUUAUGGCAUCCUCAGUGUUUCGUAUGUGCACAAUGUUUUCGACCAUUUCCAGAUGGAAUUUUUUAUGAAUUCGAAGGCUACAAGUAUUGCGAGCAUGACUUUCAUGUUUUAUUUGCACCUUGCUGCGGCAAAUGUGGAGAAUUUGUCAUUGGUAGAGUAAUAAAGGCAAUGAAUGCAAAUUGGCAUCCAGGAUGUUUUCGGUGUGAAGAAUGUAAUGGAGAAUUAGCAGAUGCAGGUUUUAUCAAAUGCCAAGGCAGAGCUCUUUGCCAUACCUGUAAUGCUCGCGUAAAAGCUGGUGCUCUUGGAAAGCAUAUUUGUCAUCAAUGCCAUGGCGUUAUCGAUGAUAAACCAUUGCGUUUUCGUGGUGAAGUUUACCACCCGUAUCAUUUUAAUUGCACGGCAUGUGGAAUAGAACUUAAUUCAGAUGCAAGAGAAGUUCGUUCUAGGCCAGGUUAUGCUGCCAAUGAAAUGAAUGAAUUAUAUUGUUUGAGAUGCCAUGAUAAAAUGGGUAUUCCUAUUUGCGGUGCUUGUCAUCGGCCUAUAGAAGAACGCGUUGUAACUGCAUUAGGAAAACAUUGGCACGUAGAACAUUUUGUAUGUGCAAAAUGUGAGAAGCCGUUCCUUGGACAUCGUCAUUAUGAGAAAAAAGGUCUUGCAUAUUGUGAAACACAUUAUCAUCAACUUUUCGGAAAUCUUUGUUUUGUAUGCAACCAAGUAAUUUCUGGUGAUGUUUUUACAGCCUUAAAUAAGGCAUGGUGUGUUCAUCACUUUGCAUGCGCGUUUUGUGAUCAGAAGAUGAAUCAAAAAACAAAAUUCUUUGAAUUUGAUUUAAAACCCGCAUGCAAGAAAUGUUACGAUAAAUUCCCCCAGGAACUAAAGAAGCGUAUGCGACGAAUGUAUGAUUCCAAUCCCAAAAGGAUACCAGCUUAAUAUUUUAUAUCAGAUGGAAAAAGAAAAGAUGAUCUUAAUAUUUUCUUAACAUUUUUUUAAUGUUUUCCUAUCUUUAAUAUGUAAUCUUUGCAUUAAGGUGCCUUAUGAAACCACAGAUAAAAUUUGUUAUAUAUUGAGAUAUGUUAUACUAAUUAUUAAAGGAUAAAUAUUGACAUACCACUA